AUGAAUGUUAGACAGGCCACCGUCGAUGAUAUGAUCUAUAUCCAAAACUGUAAUUUAUUGGAUCUUCCCGAAAACUAUCAAAUGAAAUACUACCUCUACCACGCUUUAUCCUGGCCUCAACUAUCUUUUGUAGCAGAAGAUGAAAAUGGAAAGAUUGUUGGCUACGUUUUAGCAAAGAUGGAAGAGGAGCCUACAGAUGUCCCUCACGGUCAUAUCACAUCCUUAUCCGUGAUGCGUACUUAUAGACGUUUGGGUCUUGCUCAAAAGCUAAUGACUCAAGCUACCGCUCAAAUGGCCACUGUUUUUGGAGCACAUUAUGUUUCUUUGCACGUACGUAAAACCAAUCGUGCUGCCAUUGGUCUUUACAGAGAUACUUUGAAGUUUGAUGUGCAUGAUAUUGAAAAAAAGUAUUACGCUGAUGGUGAGGAUGCUUUGGCUAUGCGUUUGAAUUUGAAGGAAACAAAGCCAAUUAUUCGUGGUAUUGUUGAGGAAGUGAAUGAGAUUGCUGCUGCCCACUAA